AUGACGAUAUCCAAGCAUGUAAACAAAGAUCCAAAAUUUCUGAGCUCAAGGAAUCCUUAUCUCAAGUUCUAUCCAGAUAUUACCCCUUUGCAGGUACGUUCAGAGAUCAGCUUUCUAUUGAGUGCAACGAUCAAGUGGGAAGUUAUGACUCCAGGUGGAAGUAUAGUAGCCAUCCAGAUUAAUUGUUUUGCAUGCGGAGGAAUGGCAAUUAGUGUAUGUAUGUGUCACAAAGUUGUUGACGCUGCUACCCUUUUCAACUUUGUAAAUGAUUGGGCCACCAUGAACCGAGAAAAAGGAGAGUCGUUAUUGUUGCCCUUGCCUUUACUUGACGGAGGAGUUUCACUAUUCCCACAAGGCAACUUGCCUGUUUUCCCAGAACGUGUGUUUUGGAAAGACAAAACGGUAUGUAGAAGAUUUGUUUUUCACGCCUCGAAAAUCAAGUCCCUCAAGGCCUUGGUGUCUUCCCACGCGGUGAAAAAUCCCACGCGUGUUCAAGUUGUCAUUGCUUGGAUUUACAAGCGUGCAGUUUCUGCAUUAGAGCUAACUUCUAAGACGACAUCGUUCCAUGUUGGUGUCAACCUGCGCAGAAGAAUGGUUCCUCCAUUGUCUGACAAGUGCAUAGGGAACGUGGUUUGGGGGUAUACUUUUGUGUUUAACCCGAUAGUGGAUAAGAGGGAAAGAGAAUUACAUGAGUUGGUAAGAAAAAUAAAAGAAGGGUUAUGUGAAUUUUGUGACAUAUAUCCAAAAAAAUUUGGAGGAGAUAUUAAGGACUUGUCAUUUAUCUUCGAGUGUUUGAAACAAGCUACUUCAGUGCCAGAGCCAAGCAGUCCUGGUCAUAAGGAGAACCAAAUAUUGUUCAUUUCCAGUUGGUGCAAGUUCUCAAUUUAUGACGCUGAUUUUGGGUGGGGCAAGCCGGUGUGGGUGACCACAAGUGGUUGUCCCGUGAGGAAUUGUAUAGUUUUGAUGGAUACAAGAGAUGGGGAUGGAAUUGAAGCUAUUGUGAAUAUGGAAGAGAAAGACAUGGCCAAGUUUGAGCAUGAUAUGGAGCUCCUUCAAUAUGCCUCUCUGAAUCCAAACCGUGAAACAUGCUAAUAUUGUUCUCUCUUCUCAAAUUCUCCGGCUGAUUAGUUCAUUUGCAACUUUUUCUUUUCGAUCGUCAUAUAUUUAACUUUAAGUGUGUUUUUCUUAAUAAAAUUCUUCAGUUCAGUGAAUCA